AAUUAAAGACAGGAUGUAUUCCGCCCAAUUGGCUCUGAGGCAAAUCUCUCAUGCAAUUCCCUUCGGUUCGACAAAACCACGUUGCGGUUCCUCCAAUGCAAUCCCCAGAAAUUCUGAUCACGUGAAACCAAUUCUUUCCCCAUUGCGCAUUUCCCUUCUUCGAUCCAAUAGCCUUCCCAGAUUUUCCCUCCCCCCAAACAGCAGCGAGAAAGUUCUAGAGAGAGAGAGAGAGAAACAGAGAAGCCAAGAUGGAUGUUCCUCAAGCCAUGGAGGCCUUGAGCGAGCGAGCUUCUCUCAUGAAGGAGUCUCUCCAGAAGAGCCAGACAAUUACCGACAACAUGGUCGGAAUCCUCGGCUCCUUUGACCACCGCCUGUCCGCCCUCGAGACCGCCAUGCGCCCCACGCAGAUUAGAACGCAUUCCAUAAGGAGAGCUCAUGAGAAUAUAGACAAAGCAUUGAAAGCGGCCGAGGUUAUAUUGGGGCAAUUCGAUCUUACGAGAAAGGCGGAAGCUAAGAUACUGAGAGGGCCACACGAGGAUCUCGAAAGCUAUCUAGAAGCAAUCGAUCAACUGAGAAGCACAAUCAAAUUCUUCAGCAACAGCAAGAAGUUUAUGAGUGUUGAUGGAGUUCUUAACCAUGCCAAUAACUUACUCUCCAAAGCUCUUUCAAAGCUUGAAGACGAGUUCAGACAGAUACUUCAAAACUACAGCAAGCCGAUGGAACCUGAUCGUCUUUUCGAUUGUCUCCCGAGCUCUCUCCGGCCAUCAUCAGAUUCGGGACAAAGUGAGGGCGGUGGGAAGAGUCAUCAAGAUCACCAGCUCAAGAAACUGGAAAAUGCUAACGCUAUCUUCACGGUUCCUACCGUCAUUCCGCCGAGGGUCGUACCGUUGCUUCAUGACUUAGCCCAGCAAAUGGUUCAAGCCGGUCAUCAGCAACAGCUCUUCAAAUCUUACAGGGACACUCGUGCCGCGGUGUUGGAGCAGAGCCUGAGGAAACUGGGCGUGGAGAGGCUUAGCAAAGACGAUGUCCAAAGAAUGCAAUGGGAAGUUCUGGAGGCCAAGAUCGGGAAUUGGAUCCAUUACAUGCGGAUAGCAGUGAAACUCCUCUUUGCUGCUGAGAAGAAAAUAUGUGACCAGAUACUUGAUGGAGUCGAAUCUCUUAGGGAUCAGUGUUUUGCCGAAGUCACGGCUAAUGGCGUGGCCGUGCUGCUUAGUUUCGGGGAGGCCAUCGCGAAAAGCAAGAGAUCUCCUGAAAAACUGUUCGUGCUUUUAGAUAUGUACGAGAUAAUGAGAGAACUUCAGCCAGAGAUCGAGUUGGUCUUUGGAAGCAAAGCUUGCACCGAGAUGAAAGAAUCGGCACAGAAUCUAACGAAAAGGUUGGCUAAGACUGCUCAAGAAACCUUUUCCGAUUUCGAAGAAGCCGUGGAAAAAGAUGCGACAAGAACCGCGGUUAUGGAUGGAACCGUGCAUCCGCUCACCAGCUAUGUCAUAAACUAUGUGAAAUUCCUGUUCGAUUACCAAUCAACGUUGAGGUUACUUUUCCAAGAAUUUGACAGCAAUGAUCCCGACUCCGAGCUUGCAUCCGUAACUACGAGAAUCAUGCAGGCUUUACAAAACAAUCUCGACGGGAAAUCGAAGCAGUACAAAGAUCCAGCAUUAACUCAGCUCUUCCUCAUGAACAAUAUUCACUAUAUUGUGAGAUCUGUCAGGAGAUCGGAAGCAAAGGAUCUGUUGGGUGAUGACUGGGUUCAAAUACAUCGAAGAAUCGUACAACAGCAUGCGAAUCAGUACAAGAGAGUUUCAUGGGCAAAGAUUCUGCAGUGCCUAACCGUUCAGUCUUCGGGUGGAAGCGGUCCGGUGGACAACUCAAACGUAUCGAAGGCUUUCAUAAAAGACAGAUUCAAGACCUUCAAUUCGCAGUUCGAAGAGGUUCAUCAAAGACAAUCUCAAUGGACAGUUCCCGACAGCGAGUUGCGGGAAUCGCUCAGGCUUGCAGUCGCUGAAGUCCUCUUGCCCGCGUAUAGAUCAUUCAUCAAGCGUUUCGGGCCAAUCAUAGAGGGCAGUUCGAACCCUCAGAAGUACAUCAGAUUCUCUCCUGAAGAUCUUGAGCGUAUGCUGAACGAAUUCUUUGAAGGCAAGACUUGGAGUGAACCCAAGAGAUAAGAGCCUUG